CAUAACAACACCAAACUUUCGAUGACGGCGGUGUGGGGAUUGACGAUAAGCUUGUCCGUUACCCUGGGAGGCUCCGCGCCGGCCUUGACGAAGUAACGCAAGAAUCAAAGGCAAACACUACCGCCUCUGCGUGAGUGUUCCUGUAUCAGCACGCGGACUUCUGGCGCACCUUUACCGUUUCGAAAAGAACGAGAAGCCCCACGUAUACAGGUUAAAAUAUCCUGAUAGCACGUUGUUGGCGGCCAUUACAGGUGAGAGAAAGCGAGUAUAUAUACACCUGUACGGCUCUCUCGUCCUUAGCCAUACCUGUCCACCCCGCCUUCGAGACACCGCCACGCCGCCGCCCGCCACACACAGGUACAGGUAGAGCACACAGGUAGCCGCAUCAUCAUCACCAGCAGCAGCGCCCCACCAUGCGGAACCUCGGCCUCCUCAUCAUGGGCGUGUGUGUGAACCUCGCCCUCGCCCUGCCGCCGUCAUACCCAGCGAUCGGGCCCGCCAGGGUGGUCGAGAGGGACGGGAAGGUAAUCGUGGUUGUAUUCCCCGAGUCGUCAGGGUUCCUAUGGGGGCAGGGCAAAAGAGAGCACGGAGAGGAGGGGCAUGGGGAGGCGACGAACGGAGAGGAGGGGCAUGGGGAGGCGACGAACGGAGAGGAGGGGCAUGGGGAGGCGACGCACGUUGAGGAGACGCACGGUGAGGAGACGCACGGUGAGGAGACGCACGUUGAGGAGACGCACGUUGAGGAGACGCACGUUGAGGAGACGCACGGUGAGGAGACGCACGGUGAGGAGACGCACGGUGAGGAGACGCACGUUGAGGAGACGCACGUUGAGGAGGCGCAUGCUGAGGAAGGACACGACGAGGAUGCGCAGGAAUGUCACCUCCUCGGACUCCUCUGUUACACGCACAUAAAGCACACAGGCCGUGGCAAUGUAGUUUAGCUGUUGUUGCUGUUAUAGUCUGUAUGCUGUUGUUGCGAUUGUUGUUGUUACUGCUGUUAAAACGGGUAUUGUUUAAGACCGAGAAAGGUUUAGGGAGAGCUUCCUUGCCUUUCCGUCCUGCCCCUCCGUCAUGUUCCGUCGAUGUCUUCUGACUUAUUUUUUUUUACUGUGUACUGUGGUUAGACUUUUAUAAAUAAAGCUGUUGUCUUAUC